AUGCUAACGCCAUCUGAGGACUUUCUUCUUUCCGUGCUUGAAACCACCGUCACUAAGCGCGAUGCUCGUGCUUACAUCAACAAAUUUGUCCUCCAUGGUCCGAAACCGGAGCCCGAGCUUGAAGCACAACAGGAGCCCAUGUACGUUGCAGUGGUGAAAUUUCGAGCCCCCCACGAGGUAGACGACACAACGCUUCUUGGUGUGGGGAGGACUUUGGGCCAGCUGCGAAAGCUUGGUCUUAUCAGUAUCGUUGUUGUUGAUUGCGAUGCUGUCGCUGGGAAUGCCGUCGAGCAGCGCCGUGUCAUUACUCAGCAAGCCGAGCGUAUAGCCAUGGCAAUCGACAGCUACGAUGAGCCUGGUGCUAGAAUUGUCGACUCUCCAAUUACGAUCGGAAGCUCAAUUGGCAAAGGGACUUCUCCCUACACCUCAGACGAUCUAUUUAUCAGCCAACCAUACGAACUCAUGAAUUCACUCCAGGAAGAGCUCAUCCCCAUCAUCCCCUCCGUCGGGUACAAAGAAGACACCUGCACAUUCAAAUGCGUAGAUGCAAACGAGGCUGUGAUUGCACUGGCAAGACAGCUCUCCGGUCUUCAAUUCUUGGGCCAGCCAACUGAGGAUGCUCACAUCACAAAGCUGCUGAGGGCGGCGGAGGUGUACAGACUAAUUGUCUUAGAUCCUGUUGGAGGAAUUCCUGCAAGAAAUCGUGCAACGGGCCGCUAUAUGUUCCUCAAUAUGGCGCAAGAGUUUGACGAGGUUACCAAGCACCUGGACGUUCCAGCGUCACCAGCUGAUGUGAGGUCAGCUAAUUACCAUCACCUGAGAAACACAGAGCUGGCCAAGAGGGUGCUAUCUUUAUUACCACCCACAUCCUCGGCUGUCAUUACAACACCACAGGAGGUGGUGAAUGACCGAAGGCCAGACAAGGACGACACGGUUGCCUUCGUGGGCACCCGACGAAAACUGAACCCGCUGAUCCAUAAUCUACUCACGGAUAAGCCCGUACAGUCAUCCUCAUUGCCACCUGGACGCUUUCGUCCGGUCGUAACAGCCAGCGGGGCGCCGCGAAUUGGCUCUUUGACGACGCUUGCUAAAAAGGGAAUGCCAUUGACGAUAUUUCCCAAUCCUCAAAUUUCGCCUUGGAAACUACCUCAGCCUGGCGAGUCGCGUCUGAGGCUAACGGAUUCAUGCGUUGAUCUGCCUCGGCUGGUGCACUUGAUUGAUGAUUCGUUUGGCCGCAAGCUGGAUGUUGAAGCGUACCUGAAGAGGGUAAAUGAAAAUAUUGCAGGCAUUAUCAUUGCUGGAGAGUAUGAGGGCGGCGCCAUCCUGACAUGGGAGAAGCCAUUCCGUGAAGAUGGAUCGGAGACGAUAGACCCAUCCAGAAUGGUGCCUUAUCUGGACAAGUUCGCGGUGCUGAGGAAGAGUCAAGGUGCGGGUGGCGUGGCAGACAUUGUGUUCAAUGCCAUGGUACGAGACUGCUUCCCGGAGGGUGUCUGCUGGAGAAGCAGGAAGGACAACCCCGUGAACAAGUGGUAUUUUGAGCGGUCGCGGGGAACGCACAAGUUGAGCGACAUGAAUUGGACCAUGUUCUGGACGACACCGGACUUGACACUGGAUGAACAGAAAUACCGGGACUAUGAAAGUGUCUGCCGUGGCGUUGAGCCAUCAUGGGCAGACAAGAAACAUAUUCUCGAUUAG